AUGUGCCGCUCCCACGCCCUGACUGACGAGGGCGGCGCCGUCAAGGCCCCGGCCCGCGAGCUGCUGCCGACGAAUGUCGUGCCGCGUCACUACCACGUCACUCUGGAGCCGAACUUCUCCAAUUUUACCUUCGACGGUACUGUGGUCAUCGACCUGGACGUCACCGAGGACUCCAAGACUAUCUCGCUGCACACUCUGGAGAUUGACAUUCACAGCGCGAAGCUGCUGCAGGAGGGUGCAGUGGUUAGCUCCAACCCCGCCAUCGCGUACGACGCCGACAACCAAGUGUCGACGCUGACCUUCGAUAAUGGCGUCGCCCAGGGCACCAAGGCCCAGCUCGAGGUCUCCUUCACCGGCAUCCUCAACGAUAAGAUGGCCGGCUUCUACCGCUCGACCUACAAGAACCCCGACGGCAGCACCGGCGUCAUGGCCGUCACCCAGAUGGAGCCGACUGACGCCCGCCGGGCCUUCCCCUGCUUCGACGAGCCGUCGCUCAAAGCCGAGUUUACUGUGACUCUGAUCGCCGACAAGCACCUGACCUGCCUGAGCAACAUGGACGUGGCCUACGAGCGCGAGGUGCACUCGACCCAGACCAACGCCCCCAAGAAGGCCGUCACCUUCAACAAGUCGCCACUCAUGUCGACCUACCUGGUUGCGUUCGUCGUUGGCGAGCUCAACUACAUCGAGACGAACGAGUUCCGCGUGCCCGUCCGCGUCUAUGCCCCGCCCAGCCAGGACAUUGAGACCGGCCGCUUCUCGCUGAACUUGGCCGCUAAGACCCUGGCGUUCUACGAGAAGGUCUUCGGCAUCGAGUUCCCCCUGCCCAAAAUGGACCAGAUCGCCAUCCCCGACUUCGCCCAGGGCGCCAUGGAGAAUUGGGGUUUGGUCACCUACCGCGUGGUCGACCUGCUGCUCGACGAGAAGGUCAGCGGCGCGGCGACCAAGGAGCGCGUGGCCGAAGUCGUGCAGCACGAGCUGGCGCACCAGUGGUUCGGCAACCUGGUCACCAUGGACUGGUGGGACGGUCUCUGGCUCAACGAGGGCUUUGCGACCUGGGCUUCGUGGUACUCGUGCAACAUCUUCUACCCCGAGUGGAAGGUGUGGCAGACGUACGUCGUGGAUAAUCUCCAGCGUGCGCUAGCCCUCGACUCCCUCCGCAGCAGCCACCCCAUCGAGGUUCCCGUCAAGCGCGCCGACGAGAUCAACCAAAUCUUUGAUGCCAUCUCCUACUCCAAGGGUUCGUGCGUGCUCCGCAUGAUCUCGACCUACCUCGGCGAGGACACCUUCCUCGAGGGCGUCCGCCGCUACCUCAAGAAGCAUGCCUACGGCAACACCCGUACCAACGACCUGUGGACUGCCCUGGCUGAUGCCUCGGGCAAAAAGGUCGAGGAGGUCAUGGACAUCUGGACCAAGCACGUCGGCUUCCCUGUUGUCACCGUCACCGAGCAAGACGACGGCAAGACCAUCCACCUCAAGCAAAACCGCUUCCUGCGCACGGGAGACACCAAGCCUGAGGAAGACAAGGUCAUCUACCCCGUGUUCCUCGGUCUCCGCACCAAGGAUGGCGUGGAUGAAUCCAAGGUCCUCGACAAGCGCGAGGACGUCCUGGAAAUCCCCGGCGGCACCGACUUCUACAAGCUCAACGCCAACCACACCGGCCUCUACCGCACCGCCUACUCCCCCGAGCGCCUCGCCAAGCUGGGCGACGCCGCCAAACAGGGUCUGUUGACAGUCGAGGACCGCGCGGGCAUGAUUGCUGAUGCUGGUGCCCUGGCUACAUCAGGGUAUCAAAAAACCUCCGGCCUGCUCUCCCUCCUCAAGGGCUUCACCUUUGAAACGGAGUUCGUCGUCUGGAACGAGAUCAUCGCGCGUGUGGGCGCCGUCCAGGCGGCGUGGAUCUUUGAGGACGCAUCCCUGCGCGACGCGCUGGAGGCCUACCUCCGCGACCUGACCGCGCCCAAGGCGCACGAACUCGGGUGGGAGUUUACCGAGGCCGAUGGCCACGUCCUGCAGCAGUUCAAGGCGAUGAUGUUUGGCACGGCCGGUGUUAGCGGGGAUGAGAAGAUUCGGGAGGCCGCAAGGGAGAUGUUCGAGAAGUUCAUGGCAGGGGAUAAGGCGGCGAUUCAUCCCAAUAUUAGGGGAUCAGUGUUCAGCAUGGCGCUGAAGUAUGGCGGGGUGGAGGAGUACGAUAAGAUUAUGGAGUUCUAUCGGACUUCGAAUAACAGUGAUGAGAGGAACACGGCGCUGCGCUGCCUCGGCCGGGCUAGGGACCCGGUCCUCAUCCAGAGGACCUUGGAUCUGCUAUUUAGUGGAGAGGUCAAGGACCAGGAUGUGUACAUGCCUGUUUCGGGCUUGCGCAGCCAUCCUGAGGGUAUUGAGGCGAUGUUCAAGUUUAUGACAGAGAACUGGGAGCGGCUGACGCAGAAGCUGCCUCCUGCACUCAGCAUGCUGGGGACGAUGGUUAGUAUCUUCACGUCGAGCUUUACGAAGCAGGAGCAGCUUGAGCAGGUAGAGACGUUCUUUAAGGAGCGGAGCACGGCCGGGUUUGAGAUGAGCUUAGCCCAGAGCUUGGAUUCAAUUAGAAGUAAGAUUGCGUGGGUGAAGCGGGAUGCGGAGGAUGUGAAAGUCUGGUUGAGGGAGAAUGGGUAUUUGAACUGA